AUGGGCGGCGCCAACCUCAUGCCCCCCUGGCCCGAGAUCCUCUCCAAGUACGACAUCGAGUCCUCUCCCAGUCCCACAGCCUGUAGACGGCGAGUUCAUCCACCACCUGCGGACGCAGCCGACGGUGGACGUGCUGCGGGCGGAGAAAGACGCGGUGCAGCAUCUGGCAGGGCGCGUGGACACCAAGGGCUCGCUGGGCACGCGGCGGGGGCGGGGCUGCGGGGCCGACUCGGAGGCCACCCGGAGUACGAGGACGUGCUGUGGGAGUGCGAGGCAAUCCGGGUGGAGCGGGGGACGCGGGCGGUGGAGCUGUUGCGGGAGAGGUACGAUUGGAAGUCGCGGGUUGAGGUGGACCAGGAGGAGCCGGAGGACUGGGAGCCUGGACUUGGCGGGGACGGAGCUGGGAUGGGUGAAGACACGCCGAGCGGGGGGCAGAGCAACGACAGCGAGGAGGAGGAUGAACCGGAGGAGGUCCUAGGCAAUGGGGAGCACACGCCGGAAUGCGCCGAAAUCCCCGCACCCGGAAUCCUCGACUUUGACGGACCAUUGUUCCUACUCCUACAUGCUCCUCGCCAGGACCUCAAGCAGACGCAUGACACGAUCCAGAUGGACUGGUUUGGGCUCUUCUCACAGUCAGCGAACGGACUGUGUGACUGGCAAGAGACGUUCACGUCGAGCGCGCUCGACCACGCGGAGACGGUGGGCACGUACACGGUCCACACCUGGGCGUAUUGUGCGCGAUCGGCUUCUUCCACCUCGACAACUGCGAGGUCCCGUCGCUCGUCACCCCCACCGGCGACCAUGCGACGACGCUCGUCGACUUCGGAGGUGACGUCGUUGGGGUUGGUCGGACAUGCGCUGUGGGGCGACCCGCUGCUGGAGGCGAUGUGGAUGGCACCAAACCAGGGGUUCGUGGAGCCCUACCGGGGACAGCACGACACGCACCCACGGGGUUCGCCCGCACUUAGGCACUGCGAAGCCGGCACGACCUUCGGGCGCGUCUUGGGCACGGACACGGACGUGAAAUGCCACGUUGUUUCCACAUCGGCGUACAUCAGUAACAAGCAAACGUGA